UUUAUUAUUAUAUUUUUGGGAUUCAAAGCAAAAUUGAAAAUAGAAAAAUGCAAAAAACAAUGGAAUGUGCAGGCAAAGGGCUCGGAAGUCGUUGCAUAGGCCCAGCUAGAAGACGCUGCGGUCGUUGUGGGGCUGUUGCUUAUUGUUCCGCCUCUCAUCAGCUUUUACAUUGGAGUGAUCAUAAAGAUGAAUGUAAGAGGUUAGAAGAGCAAAUGAAGCAUGUAGAUGUUUUGAAUGAUUUUCCUUUCACGUUUACUGAAGAAUCUACGGUUCAGGUGGUGUGUGGAAAGCAGGAGAGCAGGUGUUCAUUCCUGAGUAAAAGGGGCAUUCAUCGAGUAGGAAUGUGGAUGUAUGAAUGUUGCUGCGGGUUAUCCAUUGCUUCAUUUGACUGUACAAGGUUUUUAUUAAUCUUCUGUUUUCACGUGUUUUGUUCCUUCGAAGUCAAGUCAACAGAUGCUUGUUGGAAUCUACCUAGUAUCUUGUGCCCAUGUUCAGAGCCUUCAUUCCAAACAACAAAGCAUUUAUGUAGUUGGAAGGAUUACUUUGACUGGAGGAGCAUUCCACUACAUUCACCUGUUGCUUUGCUUCUUCACUGGCCACUUACAAUAUAUUAUGCCACUCAAGUUACUGGUUUGAGAAGCUUUAAUUCUGAGUUUGGUGAUAAACUGUGCAUCCAUUACCUUGGGCCUGAGAAGGAGCUUCUUCAACUUUCUGUCUUUGGUGAGUUGCGUGCACUUUUCCCUGGUGUACAGGUAACUGUAGAGCUUAUUGGUCCUGAAAUUCCACAACAUAGGAACGGUGAGAUAAUCAACCUUUGCAGUUAUGCUCAUUGUGCUGACGCUGAUUGCAUAUGCAAAUCUUCAAGUGAGAAUUUCAGUUCGACCACAGGCAUGAUUAAGUCUUCAGUAGUAACAUUGCAGCUUCACAAAGGAUUUUAUCAUGAUUGUUAUGGGGAUAUAGUAAAGGAUUCAGUUCCUCAUUUAAUCAUUGCUCCAAAUGCUGGCAUUGCUGCUUAUUCAAGUUGGCGGUUGACUAUUGAGCUAAUAAGGGAGAUAAACAUUCCUGCUGUGUUUUCUGAUUAUUGUGAAGAAGCUUGUCAUCUUGCUGCUUCUUGCAUAAGCACGAUAACUGGCUGUCCCCUUAAACUUCCUAUUCAAUUAAAUCCAUUUAGGCAGCCGAUGGUGGUGGAAGACAGUGCUCUAUCUCUUCCUUGCUAUUCAAAUUGUUUCUUAUUUGGGGUGUGAAGGAAUUUUCAUAGAGACAUUGUUUUAAUCUUUUUUCCUUCCCCUUCCCCAAGCAUCGUUCGAAACCAGUGAGAUGGAGAUAGUGAUUUCAAUGGAGUUUUCACGUCCAAGACUAAUGGAAUGAAACCAUGUUUAUUGAUGGAGGAGUAUGACAAUUUAAUUGUAGGUGUUCAUGAAGAUUGAAGGGAUAUCAGCAUGUGCCCUGCUUACCUUACCUUUGAAGGUGAGAGCUUGUUUAUUUAGCUGGAUUUGAUUUUUGAAUUAUUGCCAUAACUGAUUGUUGGUUUUUGUAACUAACUGUUGUAUUAAUUUUCUUUAACUAAAAUGUUGAAACUUGUAGGUUUAUAA